GCCCAUUUGGACGGGCAACUGACUGGACUUGGACUUUUUUUUGCAUGGCACCACUUUGCAUUAACAUUUUUUUGCUGAAAACUUCGACAUCAACUCUCCUCGUCCCUUUCCCGCCUCAUCCCUCCAUCUUCCGAAAUUCUUCAACUUCGUAUCGAUUUGUUCUUUGAAGGUGUGCACGAGCGCUGGACAAAGUGCAUAGCUAAGCGGGGGAUAAAAAGAAGAGACUGCCUAUCGGACAUCUCAUACAGAGAAGGCCCUUAUACAUUUUUUUUAUUAUAUUUCAUUUAUUGUUCCUAUUUUAUUUGGCCACAGCGGCCUGUUUCCUAUUUUCGUCCCGUUUCGUCCUUCAUCAGAAGGAAGUAGCUACAUACCUACGCCUUGGUCCGAACUCGUGUGCGCGCGCGCGCUUGUCACGCACCAAACCGCAGCUACCAUUCGUUCACACAUCCAACUCUUGUUGCCUGUCGUCCCAAACUUUUUCUGCUGCCUAUUCCGCCACCCUGCGAGCGCGACAUCAAAAUUCAAUCAUAGACAGUACGAAGGGACCAAAAAAAGAGUCCCCCAUUGGAAUCACUUCCAUUCACCUGCAUGCAUCUUACGUUGUGUGCGAGGUAGCUCGGCCAUUCUUUUCGGUAUUGUCUUUUUUGUAUUGAAAGACAAUCAUUGUUAUAGUUCACCCGAUCGCGUGUCUCUCUCACUGAUCUACUCGGAAAUCUUCCCAACCGCUCGCUACCCAACCGAUAUCGAAUUCUCGUCGAUCACGAACCGCGCCUACAGAAGCAAACCGCCUGGCAGGAUCCUUGCGAUCUAAUUUCUAGAAACGACUUCUACCUCACAAAACAAACUUUCUUUUGAUCAAUUCAUAGGCCGUACGAGGUCAACGAGCGGCCCCGGCGGCUCGAAAACGAUUCUAUAUGCCUAGAUUCCCAGUUUCUUUCGGUAAGCGGAGGUCGACCGCAGACAGCUUUGAAAAUGGUGCUGUAGCAGCAGAACCAUCGUUCCGCGUCCUCGAGAGGCCCGAUGCCUCCAAUGGCAAAUCUUUCGAUGGUGGUGUCCGGAACUCGGCCUACAAGCCAGCCCAUAAUCCGAAAGCUUCCAUCUCAGUCGACCUCGCCCCGAUGGAUGACAAUAUUUUUGCAGACCUGACCACCACAAAUCGUGGCAGCGGUCUGUCAAAUAAUACCACAAAAUCCUCAUUAACCGACAUUUCCUCUCGACACAGCAACGCCUCCACUGCCCCAUCCUCUACCCACGAAAACACUGCUGCCAUCCCCGAAGACUCGAAAAGGCCAGUCCCAAAGAAGUCAUACCAAGAUAUUCCUCUCCCCCCAAUUCCAAAAUCGUCGAGCAGCGGAUUCCUCAAGGCUGCUGGCCGAACCUUCUCAUUUGGAACAAAGAAGCACCAGUCUUCGGGCUCUGCGGGACAGGAGUCAGAUAUGCAAUCCUCAAUCGACCAGCACGGCCCAGAGCAGCUAUCCAGUGUAGGGAGACCUCGUACGACGACAACGUCGACAACUAGCACAGCCACACCACCCAAGCUUGACGACGAAUCAAGCUCUUUUGACCUUGGUGGAGAUUUCAGCAAGAUGCUCAGCUUUGAGAAGAGGAAGAGCACACUGACGUUGAAGGAUGACCAGAACGGUCGUCAGGCUCUGGGGCCGCGUUCUUUGACUGGCAAUCGUCUGAACCAACCUCAGCCUUCGCCAUUGACGAUUGACAAGACCUCGCGGAUAGAACCCUCACCAUUCUCUUGGGGAAGCCAUCACUCUGGAGACGUCCUGCUGCACAGCUCGAACCAUGGCAACGAGAAUGCCCCACCAGUUCCGAGACAUGGUUCUACAUACUCAUCGAGGCCCCAGGGCCCAUCUCAGUCGUCUUCAGACGGCAGCCUCCUGGCAGGUCACCCCGGCAAUGAUCGGAGAUUUUCUGGAGAGGGUGAAGGAGAGGACACAUCACUGUUGAAAGAUAUUUCUACAGCCACCAGAUUCCUAAAGAGUGGUGGUCCACAAACCGGUAACGGUCGGUAUCGGAGGGACGAGGACACUCUGGGGUCGGGCUACAACCAGGUUUCAAGCCCCAGAGAUGAUGAAGACCUUUUCGACACAAGCCUAGUGAACUCGAGUAGAGCGGCAAGGCGCUACGUCGCUGAGAAACCCAGCCCACCCCGCAACAAGGUCAUGACUCCGGCCGAAUUUGAAAGAUACCGUCAAGACAAGGAGAGGGGUUCGGAUAGUGGCGACAAGUCUCCUACGAAGGGUGACGAUGACGAUGAUGAGGAUAUCAACUAUGACGACGAUGAUGAUGAGGUGGAGAAGUCGAAACAGGCUGCUAAGCAAAGGCAAAAGCAAGAGGCACACAUGACAGUGUACCGACAGCAAAUGAUGAAGGUUACCGGCGAACCGGCUACUGGCGUUUCUGCCCGUCCUGGAUUUUCGGCUUCAUUCAGCACACCCAACCUGCUCCAGGCCCGUGGACCGUCCCCCAACAAGUCUGUCGACGCUUCUGGCGAGUCGGAUGAGGACGAGGAGGUUCCUCUCGCAAUCUUGGCCGCACACGGAUUUCCGAACAAGAAUCGCCCACCACACCGCCUCAGCUCAAUGAUGUCAAACCCCAACCUCAAGGUUGCUGCUCAAACAAGCUACGCUCGCCCGGGCUCUGCGCAUGGCGAAUCUCCUGUCUCUAGUGGUCCAUCGCCCUCAGGCGGUCGUCUACCAGCAUUUGCCAGGAAUCUUCCCCAAGAUCCCUUUGUCGGAGCUGGGCUCGUGAACCAUCCAGUUAGGGAGAGUCUUUCAUUUGGUGCUGGUGCGCCCGCUGCCCUCCAGACCCCUGGCGUGCCGCCUGGAGGUCUGGUCGGCGUCAUUGCCGGCGAGGAGCGUGCUCGUGCUCUGCGUCGGGGCAGCCCUGCCAUCGAUUCACACAAGCCACUGAUGCCCAUGGCAGGGCCAGGAGGCUUUGAUCCCCUCGGCGCCGUUCCCUCCCAUAUGAUGUACCCUGGCCCCAACCCUCGACCGCUCUCGACUGUAGACCAAACGCAAGCACAAAUGAACCAGAUGCAGCAGUUCAUGCAAAUGCAAAUGCAGUUCAUGCAGUUGCAAAUGAUGCAGACAAACGGCAAUCGCAUGUCACAAAUCCCCCAGAUGGCACCACAGAUGCCAGGCAUGCCCGGCGGGCAGAUGCUAGGCAACGGAAUGAUGGGCAGCCCGGGCGACAUGCGACACAGUUUCGUGGACAACGGCUCUGUGUUUGACCUACCUAUCCGCCCCGAGCAGCAUGGGCGCAGUAUGAGCAUGGUGCAGCCCAGCUCGGCCUCUUGGAUCCAGCCACCUAUGCAAGGCCCCGGCCCCGGUUAUGCUCCAAGCAUCCGUGUUCAAGGUGCAGGCUAUGCGCCCUCCAUCGCACCGUCUGAGAGGAGCAACAUUGGCCUUCCCGGACGCUACCGGCCUGUGUCUCAGAUGCCUGCUGCUGCCCCUGCGGACCCCCGCAAGAGCACGAAUAUGUCAGGCGCUCUUGGUUGGGACCAACCACGCACCAAGAGUCCGCUCGGGUUUGGCACAGCCAAGACACCUAGCCCGGGCCCGGAUGCGGCUCACAGCAAAAAGACCAUCAAUGUGGUCGCUGCGGAUGACGAGGACGAGGACGACGAGCAGGCCUGGGCUGCUUUGAAGCAGAAACGGGAAAAGAAGCGGUCGAUUUGGAAGUCUAAGAAGAGCUUCGGAAGCGACAUCUCCCUCAUGAUCAAAUAAACGACUCGAAAGAAGCAGCUCACUGCUGCCUGAAAAGAUGCUCCUUUGUCAUUCUUUUUCUCGCAUCAUUUUUUUUGCGGAACAUAGCGUUCGGUGUGGCAGGGAAGACGAUAUUUUCCUUCUCUGUGUAUGCAUUCCUGGAUCGUCUUUAUCUGUUUGGAUGUUUUGUGUUUCUGGCCACUGGUUGGAAACUAAUCUCGCUUCACACUACCUUACGUUCGUUUUUUUCUUCUUCUCUUUCUUGGUUUUGGUGUUGGGCUCGCGCAUAUACAAGAAAUAUUUAAUCUGUUGCUUGUUUUGGGUACUUGGAUCUUUAUUUUGAUUGCACUUGUUUGAAAAGCACAACACCUCGUCACAGCAAAAAUCUGCCUUUUGUAUACCUCCAAGCGGGCCCACAAACCCUGUCACUAAAAGUGCAUGCGUUAUUAUUUCUUUGUUUGCACACAGCGGCAUUAGUUUGUCAGUUUUGGUUGCGUUUUUUGCCCUGACUUUACAUUCCUUUACUUGUUGUGUUCUUCUUGUUGAUCAGGUGGUACGGAUGAGCGGCAGGAACGGGAGAAUUAAAGUAGAGAGGAGACGGAGGAGGGCAACGAAUUUGUACAGUGGAUAGUUUUCUAUGCAUGAAAGAACGGCGUCAUGAUAGACAGAUCCAAAAAUGGGCGCAAAUGGCAAAGAUGGAA